UUAUGUACCAUCUGUUUCGUUCUAUGUUUUUUUUUUCGUUCAUCGUGUUGUAAAUUGUCGAGCCAGGUGAAAGGCACUCAAUUUUUUUGUGUUUUUAUUUGAACGAGUGUAGAGAAUUCGUAGAAGCCAAACAAAAUGCGCGUCACAUCGUCCCUGCUUGGAGCCCAUUUCGGCAACUUGGCCAAGGUGCACGGCAUUGUCACCUACAAGCUCUCGCCUUUUGAGCAACGUGCAUUCGCUGGAGCGAUAAGCAAAGGUCUGCCAAAUAUCUUCAACCGCAUCCGCUCAAACAUUUUCAUAGUAGCACCACCUUUCAUUGUUGGUUACUUAAUCUAUGAUCUGAUCGAACGUGAGCAUCAUCACUUGUCUCGCAAGAAUCCCAAGGAUUUCGAAAAUGAAGAAUAAAACCAAUUUAAAAUUAUUUAGUUUGUGUACCAUACAAAACCCAAAAUGAAAUAUAUAGCUUAAUUCAAGAAAAACAUCUAUAUUUCAUUUGGUUUUGCAACAGAUUUGGUGUUCGUGAUUCUUAAAUCAAUGUAUAAAUUAAAAUUACAAAACAGGCGCAAGCAACCUUCGAAAA